GGAGCGACUACCCCUGGCGCACUGUGGGCUCGGUGGCAUUGCCACGAUGUGGUCCACUAACCCGCUGCUGUUCUUCAUGCAGGUUUUGACGUCAGUUAUCAUGCGCAUGCCACUGCCUCUUCUUGCGAAAUCAACGAGCGUCAGUGUGGGACGAUCAUACCCGUGCUUCGAUGACGUGAAAGCAUGGGAUACCGGAGUCAACAGGGAUUCAAUCCGUCCGGCGACGCCGCCAGUGAUGGAGCGGAUCCUCGACGAAAUGCCGCUAGCCCUGCUGCCAUCGUCAACAACCAUCCAGCUGCCUAUAAAAGAGGAGCGACUACCCCUGGCGCACUGUGGGCUCGGUGGCAUUGCCACGAUGUGGUCCACUAACCCGCUGCUGUUCUUCAUGCAGGUCUGUGAACCAAGGUCUCUUUACGCUAAGAAAACCAAUAAUUAUUCUCUUGUGCAGCUACCGAGCCCGCAGUGCUGCUUGUGCAUUGUUUCUGAGUGCCUUUGUGUUAUCAGAUGCCUUUUGUUACUCUCUGGGGAUAUUGAAAACAGUGAACGAACGACGCAGCUGGUUCAUAAACUGGAUGCCCGCGUGGAUGAUGCUGAGAACCGGUCAAGGCGAAAUAAUUUGAUUUUUUAUGGCCUCCCCGAUCCAUCUGCAUCAGAGCCAUCAAGCGAAUCAGAAAAAAUUAUCUUGCGCCACUGCUCGGAUCAUCUGAAAGUAUCGCUUGACCCUAAGGAAAUAGAGCGAGCGCAUCGUAUUGGUCGGUAUUCCCCUGAUCGCAAGCGCCCAAUUAUAGUUAAAUUUGUAUUCUUUAAAACAAAGGAAGCUGUCCUUUCUAAUGGCCGUAAUUUUAAAGGCACUGACUUCAGCGUUGCCGAAGAUUUUUCGCCGGCUGUUAGGAAUGCCCGUAAACACCUUGUCGCCUUCGCAAAAGCUAAGUCUGUGCCAUUUUCCCUGCGUUUCAAAACGCUAUUCAUAGGUUCCAAGCGCUACGUAUAUGAUGAAGCUUCGCAGACGAUUAAAGAAGUAUAG